AUGUUCCAGCGCAUUCGCGGAGCCAUCGACGCCAGGAUAGCAGAAGAGCAAGCGCGCCAGAAAGCCACCCAACCGACGACACCUGCGCGAUCCAGCUCAACACAACGGCGAUCUAAUUCACGGAACCUCUCGCCCUCGAAAAGGACAGCGAGAUCAAAAGAUGCCGACAGCAGCAAGGCCGCACCGGCAGGAAAGGGCCCUGAUCCCUCAGAGUUUGACCCCGAGUUUGUCAUAGGGGAGGAAGAAGAUCAGCCGACUCGAGCCGGCACACCUCGACCAAAGGAGAAGGCACAAACCGAAGAGGCCAGUACUGACAAUGGCGACGACAAGAAGGAGGAGACAGAGGGGCCGACAGCCGAAGUGGACGAGAAGCCUGAACAGCCACCAGAGAUACCACCAGAGGUUCAAUUGCGACUGCGCAGAUUGGACAAACUCGAGCCCAAGUAUACUGAACUCCUCCGGUCGUACCGCAUCGCACACGCCAGAGUGGGCGCAAUCGAGGCUUUCGAAGGCUCCCUCCGCGAGUACACUCCUCUCACUUCCAUCAACGACACUGGCGCCUUCGUCGAAUACCUGGGUCAACUGAACGUCAAGAGUGAUAUGCUCAUGGAGGAGCUCAAGCGAGUGUCUAAAGAGCGCGACGAGAUCAACAAGAAGCUGGAAGAUGCCGAGAAGCGCGCAAAGGAGGCUACGGACGAGGUGGAGACGCUUAAAUCUCAAGCGCUGCCUGGCAGCGAGGCUGCACAGGAUGACUCCACCACACAGACCGAAUCUGUCGCACCCUCGUCUCCUUCUAAAGCGUCUAAGCAGACCGAGACCUCCGAAGAGACUGAGGACUUCUUCUCCUACGACAGCGAACUACCCCGCUUGCAGUCGCAGUUACAAGAGAGCGAGGAGAAGGUCGGGAAGCUAGAGGCGGAGAACAAGUCGCUCAAGGACGAGCUUUCCACAGCGCAGGAAUCAGCUCAGUCGUUCAUGCAAAACCUGGAGACUACUACGAACGAUCUGAACACGUUCAAAGAUACACAUCACCGACUACAAAAAGACGCUGAUGAUCGAGAGAAGGAGCUCAACAACGUAAUCGCAGAUCUCAAGUCAAAAGUUGAAAGCGCUGAGGAGGAGCUACACAAGCAUAAGGAUACCCAUGAUCAGAACGACAAGACCAUCGCCGAGCUCAAGGCGAAGCUUGAUUCAACGGCCAAAGAGUUGGAAGAACUACACGCAGACAAAGGAGAGAAGAUGGUAGAAGAUGACCAGGUGCAAGAGCUGCAACGCCGAACCGAAGAACUUCAGAGUGAACUCUCACAAUUGCGCGAAACCCACGCCAAGGCCGAGAAACGGAACGAGACCAUGAACGGACUGCUCAGCAAAGUACGCGAACAGCUGAAGGCUACAGAGGAUAAACGCGAUAGUGCUUUGGUCGAGCUCGAACAAACGAAGAAGGAUUUGCAGAAAACUACCGACAACAAGGUGUCGAUCAAACCAGAACCAGUCCAGCAGCCACCAGCGAGCCCUGCUCAACCUCCCCAGAGCGCAGCAGCAAAGAAGAGAGCUCGCAACAAGAAGAACAAGAAGGGAGGAAAGGGGCCUGAGGCAAGCGGAACAUUGACACCCGAAGCAACGCCUAGUGAAGCCGGAGAUACUGAAGGACUACUCAGCCCUCGCGAUGCGGAAUUCUCCCCGUCCCAACUCGAGGACGCAUUAAAGAAUGUUGCGCAGCUGAAGUCCGAUCUAGAAGAGAAGGUUGCAGCAAUCGACGCACUGCAGACUGAGGUGUCUGAGAAGGCCUCAUCUAUCAAUCUCCUUAAAAAGAAGGCGAAGGAUCAGGAAGAUAUGCAAGACGAGAUCGAUACUCUACGCCAAGACCUACUUGACUAUGGCCUCGAACACACUGAGGCCAAGGACAAGGUCAAGACAUUGCAGGCCGAGAAGACGGCGCUGCAGGAGAACUUGAGCAAACUGGAGGCUGAGAUCGCCGAGUUGAAAACUAGCAAAGCUUCUCAGGAGUCGUCGCAGCAGGAAAGAGAGACAUUGACCGCCGAGUUCACAGAACUAAAGUCAAGAGCAGAGAGCUUGCAAACCGACCUUUCAGUUGCAGAGAAGCUUGCUGCGUCUCGCUUCAAGGACCUGACUGACAUGAGGGAGGUGUUGCAAAAGGCACAGCCUGAGCUAACGUCGUUGCGUAAGGAGGUGGCCGAGCUGCGCACGACGAAGGACGAGCUUGCCACCAAGACGACGGAAGUCCGUCGAUUGGAAAACCGGGAGAAAGAUCUCAGGUCGGAAAUCAUCGAAUAUCGCUCCCAGCUUUCAACCAAGGAGAGCGACAUCAAGACUCUCAACGACAAGAUUAAACAGGAGACCAACCAGAGGCUCGCGCUGGAAGAGACUAACAGGAAGAUCCAGCGAGAUCUCCAGAAUUCGGAAACGGAGCGAAACGACGUCAUCGAAACCCGGGACAAGUUGACGAAGGAUCUAGCAAAGGCACAAGAUGAGCUCAAAGCAUCACGCAAAAAGGUGCAUGAUUUGGAGGAAGAGGCUGCGAAGCUCACCCGUGAAGUGGGCAGUCUACGUGAAGAGAUACAGAUGAAGUCUGCGCAAUCAGCAAGCGCCCAAGACUUUGUGAGCAGUAUGCAGGAUCAGGUUCAAGAGAUGAGCACUCAGAUGAAAGAGGUUCGUGCCAGAAGCGAAAGCCUGGAAGAGGAGCUUGCCGAUGCGCAUCGGUUGUUGAGCGAACGCGGACGCGAAGCUGAAACAAUGAGAAGACUGUUGAACGACGCGCAAGGAAGAGCUGAAACGCGUGUACGUGAGAUGCAGGAGCGCCUCGACCUUGCAGUUGAAGAGCGCGAACGGGCGGAAGAGCAAGCCAGCACAUUCAGUCGCCGACGAGCUCGGGAGCUGGAAGAGCUGAAGCAGAAGGUCCGCGAUGCCGAACGUGCACAGGCGCGUGCUGUGGAGGACAAAGAAGAUCUUGUAGUUUCUGAAAGAGAGCUCCGCAAGCAGACUGAGGAUCUCGAAAGGCGAGCCGCACAGGCUAGCGAAGAAGCUUCCGAAGUCAGGCUCGCUAUGAGCCAGCUCCGAGAUGCACUUGAUGAAAGCGAGAAGCAGGCUCACGAGCUGGAAAAAGAAAAGGCCGAUUUGCGACGGGCAUUCGACGAGACGCAGAGCCGUCUAGAGAAGCUUCAGAAGUCUAGCAAGACUAUGUCCGACGAGCUACGAAGCUUGAAAACACGUGGCUCCGAGUCUGUUGCCCAAUCCUCACGAUCCUCAAUUGAGUCAUCGCGGUCACGCAUCGCGUCACCGAUACCAAAGGGCGGUGGAGCUGUUGCAGAAGCAAUUGAUUACGUGUACCUGAAGAACGUAUUGUUGCAGUUCCUGGAGCAGCGCGACAAGAAGUAUCAGCAACAACUCAUCCCCGUACUAGGAAUGCUCCUGCAUUUCGACAAGAAGGACGAACAGAAGUGGAUGGCAGCGGUCUCGGCCAAGUAG